GCCUUGUUUUGUGCUUUUCCCUUCUCAGUUUGCUUUUUCUAUUUCCUCUCCUUUUAUCGUAUCUCUUGCGCCGCUAAGGCACAUAAAAACUGAGAAACAACCAACACAUAAGAAAUUUUUGAGGUAAAGUAGAUAUAUUUAGGGUAGAUUUCUAGAUUAUAGGGAUAGAGAGAAAUGAGAACAAGGAGAGGGCUUUGUUAUCCUAGAGCCGAUGUUUGUGUUGAUAAGAUAGUAGUUAAACGGAGGGAUUUCGCCGGAUAUAAUAUGGCUUGCCGGAAACGCCAAAGAUUCUCGCCGGUGAUUGCCGGAAACAGUGAUUUGUUUGACGCUUUACCCGAUGAUCUUGUCAUUUCCAUACUCUCCAAGCUUAGCUCUUCCGCCUCUUGCCCUUCCGAUUUCAUCAACGUUUUGAUUACAUGCAAGAGAUUAAAUAGUUUUGCACUUCAACCUUUAGUAUUAUCAAAAGCCUCUUCAAAAUUGUUCGCCAUUAAAGCUGAAAACUGGUCGGAGUCAGCUCACAGAUUCUUGAAGUGUUGCGCCGAUGCCGGAAAUGUUGAAGCUUGUUACACCCUCGGCAUGAUUCGGUUCUACUGUUUGCAAAAUCGAGGGAGUGGGGCUUCUCUUAUGGCUAAGGCGGCGAUUAGUUCUCACGCGCCGGCGCUUUACUCCUUAGCUGUAAUUCAGUUUAACGGCAGCGGUGGCUCUAAGAACGAUAAGGACCUUAGAGCCGGUGUGGCUUUGUGCGCCCGGGCUGCUUUUCUUGGCCACAUCGAUGCUUUGCGUGAGCUCGGUCACUGCCUGCAGGACGGGUACGGCGUCCGACAAAACAUCACCGAGGGUCGUCGGUUUCUCGUCCAAGCCAACGCCCGAGAGCUUGCGGCGGGUUUAUCAUCAGCAUCUGUUUCAAACAUCGCUACGUGCUCUUGGCUCACCUGGAGCCCCCACCCGAUCCCCCACCCGACCAACCGUCAUCCGAACGUGCCGGGAUGCCCGUUGCUGAGUGAUUUUGGAUGCAAUGUACCGGCGCCGGAGGCUCACCCGGCGAACAAGUUCUUAACGGAUUGGUUCGGCUCCCGGGACGGGAUUCCCGGCCCGGGUUUGAGGCUAUGCUCGCACGUCGGUUGUGGGAGGCCGGAGACGAGAAGACACGAGUUCCGCCGGUGUUCGGUUUGUGGUGCCGUGAAUUACUGUUCACGCGCUUGCCAGGCGCUCGAUUGGAAACUACGCCACAAAGCCGAGUGCGCGCCGGUAGAGCGGUGGCUCGACGAAGAAGGUGUCGGUGGCGACGGAAUGGAUGAAGUCAUUGCCGAAAGCUAAAAAUGGUUACGGCGAUGUUAACGGCCAGGGUAAUAUAUCAGUUUUAAGACGAUAUAAAAAAAAGAAGAAAAAAGGGGUUAAAAUGUAAAAAGAAAAGGAGGCCAGUUUUUUUCCCUUUAUAUAUAUAUAUAUAUAUAUUUGGAUAAAUUUGCUUUUAUUAUCUUAAGCAUAUAAACAGCUACAAAUACAGUCUGAUCAAAA